AUGGCCGCCUCACCAAAAGUAAGUGCCGUUUGGCCUGCUUUGGAUAGUACGCUGGACCAAACCCCACGCUCUAAAUGUAAAUAUGUGACCUCGAGAAGUCAGCUAGGAGACGGUAAUUUUAGCGUUGUAAAAGAGUGUAUGAAUGUGCAUACUCGUGUCCGCUAUGCGAUGAAGCUUGUACCAAAGAAGUUGGUUAGAGGGCGAUUACAAUUAAUCCAGCGGGAAGUAUCAAUAUUAAAGCACGUGAGCGAACAGCUCCAUAUGCUUGAAAAUAGAAGCUCAGAGGAAUCUACAGGUGGAAACAUUGAUCGGCAAGGAACAUUUGAUGGACAUCAUCAUGUGCUACAGCUGUUUGACUACUUCGAGACGAGAGAUAAUAUCAUCUUAGUGACCCAGCUUUGCAAACAGGGUGAUUUGUACGACAUGAUUAUCAAUGCAGGGUCUUUGGAUGUGGAACGUCAGGUAAAACCAUAUACUGCAUGCUUGUUGAGUGCUUUGAAUUUCUUGCACAAUAAUGGGAUAUUGCACCGUGAUAUUAAGGCUGAAAAUAUUCUUUUUAGACUUCGGGACCAAGCUCCUCCGGAAGGUUCAGGUUACGACGUCUCUGCUCAUGACUUGAUUGUGGCCGAUUUUGGGCUUGCAGUGAGGAUGGAAGACACUUCAACUCUAAAGGAAUAUGUUGGUACGCUCUCGUACUUAGCUCCAGAAGUUGUGCGGUGUAAAAAUAUUCAGCACGUAUCGCCAGCAGAAGCAGACAAAAUAAGGCCAUAUGGGCCUGGAAUAGAUAUCUGGGCCCUUGGAGUUCUUUGUUACUUCAUGAUGGGGGGUUAUAUGCCCUUUGACUGUGAAGAUGAUGCUGAAACGACCGAAUGUAUCCUACAGGGCGAUUACUACGUUGACGAAGAAGCCCACGCUAAUGCAAUUGUAGAGUACAAGAACUGCUGGGACUUUAUCCAGCGCUGUUUUACGAGCAAUGACGCCAUUAGACCCUCUGCUCAAGAUUUGAUGGGCCAUAUUUUUGUUAGAGAGUACUUUCAGUCCGUUGCUGCUAAAGAUUUCUCUUACAUCCCACUUAUAGAACGCUCAAAAUCUUCGAACUCACUACACAAUUUGGGCCCGCCAUCCAGGUCCCCAUUGGUCUCGACCGAAUUUUCGUUUAUCGAGCAGUCUCCAAUCUCAAGGUCCAGCUCAAGGGAGAAGAACUUGAGUAAGUUAAAGGAUACUUUGAGGAAAACGUUAUCGAUGACGUCUAUUGAACCUAAGAAUAAUAUUAGGUUAAGAUUUAUCCAACCGUCUUUGGCCCAAAAUCAACAUAGAAAAAACUCUACGUUUGUUAUGGAGCCAGAGCCCCCAUCACAGAGUCUGAUGAACGGUUGUUUUAGUAUAACGCCCGAAAGCCAUUCUAAUUUUAAUGUCACUCCCGCAAUUUCGAGGAAAAGUUCCGGAAAUAAUAUCCUCGAACUAGCACGUCCGAUGUUUUUAAAUGCACUGUCACCGCAAACUGCUACAAAUUUCACGCCAGUCGUCGCAAAAAUGGAAAGUGGUAGAGGUAGAACGACGGCAUUUCAAGUGGGCGAUGAAGACGAUAUAUAG